CAGAGCGUCGCUGUUGAGGCCCGGAUACAUUUCUAAAAUAGCAGCAACAAUGGCGGCCACCUGUACGUGGAAACCAUGUGAAGAUACCGGGGAAGAAAAAGCCAUUAUUGUAAAAUUUUCCAACGGACAGAUGAAAAGCACCGAUCAGCUGAACUUCAAGCUUUUCAAACACCGUGAUGGGACCAACCCGAGAAAGAAAAACCAGCGCAUGGUGGUUGCAGAAUCGGACCGGAUGUCGUAUGUCGGGAGCAACUUCGGCCCAGGCUCGUUACAGUGCAACAACAUUUGCAAUUAUUUCGUGGGUGUCUUGGACAAAGAGACCAUGCAGAUGAAGGUGCAACGUGCUCAGCUUUUCAACCUUCAGCCCAUCAUACCAGGAGAAACAACAGCAAAUGCCGAGGAAAAUGAGAGCAAAACCUACAGAGAGAAGUUGGACUCUCUCAUCGAGGCGUUCGGCACGACGAAGCAGAAGCGCGCUCUGAGUUCUAGACGGCUGAACGAGGUCGGCAGCGACACGCUGCAGAAAGCCGUGGCUCACGCUGCCAGCAACAUCAUAGACCAGAAAGGACUGGAAGUAUUACAGCAAGAAGUGGCAGAUUCACAGGCUCUAACUGAAUCCAGUCUCUUCCUCCCGCCCUGUAACAAGAACGCAGAUAAACGUGAGGACGUUUACCCCUUCGAUGACCUGCUCUCUCCGGCCGAGUUUAACUCCCUCAAGGAGCUUGGUGAGAAAAUGGCGGGACUUACUUCUGAAGACCAGCUGACCAAAGAUGGCUUCUUUCCCGAGACCGCGAAGGAGAUUUUGAAAUGCCUUCACCAAGAGGGUGAAGACCGAGACAGACAAGCACGCUGUGCCUGGUACCUGUGCUUCCUCAUCAGACUUGCACAAAUGAAAAAACUGGACCGCAAACUUGGUGAGAACGAAUGUCCACAAGUCCUCUUCAGGAAAGUGCAGAAGACCUUCACAGUGGAGAGUUUUGAUAAAGGAAGACUGAAGAAUAUAGUGACCACCUCUUCAGUCAUUAAGAUCGCAUCCCACUGUCUUGCUUUGCUGCUUCAUAUCGGAGACCUGAAAGUAGACCUCACACUCUUACACAGAGACCUGUCCAUCACCGAAACCAAGAUGCUGGAGGUGGCAAAGGCCAUGGGGCUCACGCUUUCCCGCCAGUCCUUCCACAGCUUGGAGGAGGCAGGGCUACAGGAUGACCACAAGAUGGCCUCACUGGUGCUCCCACUCGUACGCUACGAACGACGCAUGGAGAGCCGAAAACGCAAGAAAAUGAAAUGAGUGGAAUCAAUGAAUUAUACAUUUUAUAUAUGUCAGUUGAUGGUUAGUCAAAUGUAGCCCAAAUUCAGUUCUUACUGUUAAGAGAAAAAGAGUGAAAUAAACUUCCCAUAAGGAUGCCAGUGUGGCAGUUAACAGAAAAUCAAGUUUAAACAUUCUUACUUUGAAAGUGUAUGUAUGUCUAUUAGCAUGCUACAUAUGAUAUGCCAAAUAUAAUCACACAUUUCCCUCAAAAGACGUGCUCCGAUAACUCCAUACACACUUCCAUUAAAUGUCUGGAAGACUUCAGGUGGGGAGAAACAUGAGUGAGUGACUUCUUUUUGUUUGUUUGUUUGUUUGUUUGUUUGUUUGUUUGUUUGGUAAUGAGCUUGAACCUGUCCAUGUUGUGAAUAAAAAUCAAGAGUCAUUUUCUUGUAA